AUGUUGUCUUCAACUGCCUGUCUACUCUUGAUCGGCGGCUUCUUCCAGGGAGCCGUGUCAGCAGCCCGCAUCUUGCCUCGUGAUGGACCGACUCCAGCGUUGCCUUAUGCGGAUGACACCACCAAGUACUGCAUUUGGUGGCUCGACUAUGAGUCUGGCGGGUCCUGUGCGGAUAUGCUUGAGGCCAACUUGAUCAGCCUUGAUGAGUUUCGUCGAUGGAACCCUUCUGUAAACGCGGACUGUGGCAACCUGGUUGUCGGAAAGUCGUACUGCAUUGAGACCGCCGAUGAGCCGGUAGCCUCUGAUCCGGCUCCGGCUCCGGCUUCGAGCUCUACUUCAUCUGUACGGUCGUCAGCUGUGCCCACGCCCUCGACAUUCACAACCUCGUCGGUGCCUGUGGUCACAAGCUCUGCAAGCAGGUCAACGCCACCAUCAACGACCACGACCACCAGCGCCGGAAAUGGAGUGGAAACUCCUCAGCCCACCCAGCCUGGCAUGGUUUCAAACUGCAACAAAUUCCACUACAUCGACCAGAACACUGUUUGUAGCCAAGUGCUUAGCUACCAGAAGAUCUCGGUUGCAGACCUCUUCAGGUGGAAUCCAUCGGUCAACGCGGAUUGUACCGGACUGCAGAAGUUGGUAAAUGUCUGCGUCGGUGUCAUCGGCGGCUCCACGCCAACGCCUAGUACUACUACACCUACGCCUACUCCCACCGCCACCAAGGGUAACAACGGCGUAGAGACCCCUCUACCCACCCAACCAGGCAUGGUUUCCAAUUGUGCCGUCUUCCAUUACAUUGGCCCCAACACGGUCUGUAGCCAGGUCCUCAGCUACCAGAAGAUUUCAAUGGAGGAUCUCUACCGAUGGAAUCCCUCGGUCAACGCCGAUUGCACAGGCCUGCAGAAACUAGUCAACGUAUGCGUCCGCGUCAUUGGCGCCACAACGACUACCCCUAAGCCCAGCACCAUCACCACCGCAGGAAAUGGAAUUCAAACGCCUCAGCCGACGCAACCAGGCAUGGUCGCAAACUGCAACAAGUUCCACUUCAUCAACCAGGGUGUAGUAUGCAGCCAAGUGAUCAGCUACCAGAAAAUCACCCGCGAAGAUUUCGUCAAAUGGAACCCCACCGUCAACGACGAUUGCUCCGGCAUGUGGGCCAAUGUCAAUGUGUGCGUUGGCGUCAUCGGAGGAGGUGCAUCGUCGCCGACACCUACUACUACCACGAGCCCGGCCAACGGCAUUCAGACACCGCAGCCCACACAACCUGGCAUGACUUUGAAUUGCAAAAAGUUUCACUAUGCCGCCGAGGGCGUCGUCUGCAGUCAGCUUACCAGCUACAACAAAAUCAGCCUGGCUGACUUUGUAAAGUGGAACCCGGGUGUUGGAAGCGACUGCAGGACAAUGUGGGCAAACACUUAUUUCUGUGUCGGUGUUUGA